UCAUGUUUUGAGUGUAUUUUAAUUCACUGUUUGUUACGUUUGUGUUGUUUUGCAUACAUUUUAUAUACAAAUCAAAAGCGCAAAGUAUUUAUCUCUCGUCUCAAGUGUUUGUUAUUUAAUCACAAAUUGAUUGAAAAGUAUUCAUAAAAGUAUUGAAAGACAUAAUCAGGUCUUAAAUUACAGUUUAAUGUAACGAUUAUUAAAGUAUUGUUUGACAACAAAAUCAUACAAAACUCUGGUCUCAAAUAACAACGAUUAUGAACAACACAUCAGAUGACGAUCGGGACACUAAUGUGGGAUCCGAUCGCAAGUCUUGGAUCAGAUUCGGCGAAGAGGGCGGCGCUAAUGAUGGGGAAGCGGUGGUGACCGACGAGUAUCGGCUGGAAAUGCCGUCGCCGUCGGCGCCCGAGUCGAGCGGCGGUUGCGCUACAAUCCAACCGACGGACUCAAUACAGAUCAACGCCACCACUGAAUAUCACGCCAAACGAUUGGCCGCCUCUUCGUCUCCGUCCGCCAACUCUUCCACACAGAUAUCUAUUGGUUUACCACUUAAUGCAAGCGAUCGGACAACGGAUGCAAACAUUAUGUCAAAUGUCGAAAGCAAUAAAGUUAUCGAUAAAAGUUUUAUGAAAAGCCAUAACAAUAAUAAUAAUAAUAUUAUGGCAACUGAUGGCGAGUCAAGCCAUGAAUCAAAUGUUAAGACUCUUCAGAACGUAUCGCUCAAAGACACAAAUAAUGGCAAUACUUUCAAUGAAUGCAGUCAUCCAUCCACUGCUCAGAGCAAUGGCUAUUCAAACGGCGAUGUGAUCGUCACGUUAUUGCCAGUCAAUGACAGCUGUGCGUGGAUUACACCCGCAGUGUUCAGACCAGACUGUGCGUGGAUUACACCCGCAGUGUUCAGACCAGAGUUAGUCCCCGAAGAGCUUAUGGCACAGUCUCUAUCUCUCACUGUUGAGGAUUAUGUCUCAGCGAUUCAAGUAUUGGUUAAUGAUUUGCGAUUCAAUCUCUACAUAACAUUAUACAAGCGAAUGCUCGUUAUGUGGAUCACGUUAUUGCCAGUCAAUGACAGCUGUGCGUGGAUUACACCCGCAGUGUUCAGACCAGAGUUAGUCCCCGAAGAGCUUAUGGCACAGUCUCUAUCUCUCACUGUUGAGGAUUAUGUCUCAGCGAUUCAACUCUACCAUAUGCUGGAGAGAUGUAUAUCACAAGUGAAUGGAAUGCUUUAUAAGAAUAAUAUUUUGCUCGGCGUCGACGACAGAGGAAGUCUCUCGUGUCAUAAAAUCAAUCUUAUUUUUGUCUAUUUUGAUGUCACGUAUUGUGUUAAAUUCUUGAAAGAUAUGCUCGAGAAUGAGAGUCAGCCAACAAAUGGUGAAGUUUCCCACUCGUCGUCGACUAUAAUAUCACGUAUGGAUAUAAACACAUCUGAUAUUACAAUCACUGGAUCGCAACCGAAAUCGCUGUCUCAGAAAGAGAAAUACGCGGAAAAACUACUGCUUCGAUACAGUCAGCGAUGGGUGAAGGACUUUGUGCGGCGCAAGAUUGACCUGAAUAUGCCAUUACACGCGGACUCGGCCGGCGUUAGUGUCGCACCGUUGCCAACAACUCACAGACACUGUCCGACCUCUCGGUGUUUGUGUCAGUUUAUCGAAGAGCACCUCAAAUUCAAGCCAUUAACUCAAUGCAAUAUAACUGAACUUUUUAUCUGAACAAAAAGAGUUGUUGUUUUAGACAUGUAUAACAUAUAGACAAC